CUACCAGAGAUGGCCUUUUCCACACAGGCGCCUAAUCUACGUCCUCCCGCAUUGACACAAAAGGGACAGGGCGAUAAGGGGAAAAGCGACGUGUGGCAAAACAGAAACAUUGCUCUUCGUUGCAACGGUUCACAAAGGUUGAGGAAACUCAGGAGGAACAAACAUAGUGCAAAUGACUUUAAGAAGGGUGAAACCAUCAAAUGGACAGAUCGUCAUCGGAAGAGGCUCAGCAGUAGAUAAGGCACGGUUGGUAUCUUCCGAUAAUUUGCUUUUCAACGUGGGUACGGUGUCUAAGGAGCACGCGAUCAUCAAGUUGUACAACAGUGAGGCUCGUGAGGGCGAGAGGGUUGAAGCGGCAACGUCGAGGGUCACCAUACGUGACAGUGGUAGUCGUCAUGGUGUGGUGGUCAACGGCAGGAGGUUAGCACAGGGGUGUGAUGUUGAUUUGAAGGUGGGUGAUUGGAUUGGCUUGGUUGCCGCUGGCGGCGACAAUGGUGGCGGCAGUGGUGCUUGUCCCGGUGAGCCAAUAGAUGAGUCUCAGUGCAAGUGUGUGUUUGACUUCUACGGCAUUGAGAGUGGAGAGCUGUUGUUCCAGGUGUCGAGACCUGUAGCCGAUUUUGGUGAAACAAGGGGUCAGCCGGGAGAUGAGGACGACCUUGACUGCACGCUGGUUGAUGAUGUGGAGGGCACACAGGGCAGAGAGGGCACACAGGAUGAAGGAGAAGAGGAGGAGGAGGAAGAAGAGGGGGAGGGAGAAGGGGAGGAAGAAGUAGAGGGCACAGAGCACGGGAUCAUCAUUGUCAACGGAAACCCCAACAAGAGAAAGAGAUUGGAGUUUGAAGACGUGUUUGACGAUAGUUUUGACGACGGAUUCAGCUCCGAAGCAACGAGCGACUCACAGUCUGAUGAGUACUCAGAGUCUGAGUACGAGUUACACUUCCACGCAGACGAAUCAAAAAGCACCAUCGAUACAGAUGAACACACAGAAAAAAAGCAGAAGCCUAACGAGGACAGUGGAAUCCCACUCUACGUCAAGUCUGGAUUGAUCGGUAUGUGCGUCGGUGCCUCUCUAGGCGCAGGGUUGACGUUUUCAGCUUUGCUAUCAGUGGGAAGAUCCAUCAACUGAUACGUGACUCACCUUGAUUCUUCACUUCAGCAGCGCAAUGGGCUCUUGGCCGCUCUUGUUUCAUGUUCUGUAUCUACUGGCUUUCUUUUGGUUUUGAUAUAUCUGUGGUUUCGAGUUUUAGCAUGC